GUACCGGCCUUUUCAAUCAUGUUAAGCACAUGCCAUGGGGUACUCGUUUGCUCUCACGUGCAAGAAAUAAUAGCUGGGGCUAGCUAAAUGGAUUUAUGAACCCUAUUCAGAGACAUGACGCCAUCUUACAACUGAGCAUCUUAGCAAUUCCUACAGCUGUGCCUUCUUCACAUGUCAAUCUUUAGGCGUUUUUCGGUGCGUUGGAGAACGGGCAGAUUAGCGCCACACGCCGCGCAAGUCGGCCGUCAAACAUUACUCAACAAAUCGAAAUAAAGGUGCUGUGCUCAACAGAAAUGCACAAAUCAAACUUGAAAAAUGGACAUAUUGCUGAUAUGAACACCAUAACCUCACGGAGAACUUUUUAAUGUCUCUUUGAAAUUGUGGCAGCGCACAUAUUUUUCCCUCGGGCGAUAUCAUCACUCGCUGGGUAACCAAACUACACCCUUCUCAAGCUUCUCCAUUGGCGGUAACAUACCUACCAUCACCAUGAUAGGUAUAUCCGCCUGGGACUACGUUUUCAUUCGAACAUGCAUAUUCCUCCUGCACCUCAUUGCUCCCCUUAGUGUUAUCUAUUCGCUGGUCCGCUGCUUAAUCCAUCUUCCGUUCCAUAUCCCCCAUGUGCUAGAGGCGUGGCUCGCUCUAGAGGCAGUAUUCUACCUUGUCGUCUAUCUCCCGCGUAAGAAUUACCUCCAGACAGUCGUGACACAUCCCACUGCCGGCCGUGACGACCGCCGGAGGUUGUUCUGGCGCUGCCACAACAAUAUUCCCGAUCCGGACCGGUACUUAACGAGAUGGUUCCGGGAUGCGCCGGUAGCAGAGAUCAAACGGGAGAACGUCAAGGACUUCUUCCGAUGGGCGUUCCUAAACUCCGGCGAGCCUGAUCCGGCAUAUGACGAGGAGCUGGAGGAGUAUAUUGGAGAGAUGGAGAAGUUGUUGGGGAGGAAGCUGGAGCCUGGCCGUGGUGAUGCGCAGUGCCUUAGAUUGACGCUUGAUAAGGUUGAGAUGUUACAUCGGAGUUUGAUAUGGUAUCUGUGUGUGUUUGUCGUUGAUACGUUAGCGUCUAUCUAUUUGCGCUACUACUCCUUCGACUUUCACCGCACGUCGUUGUUCCAGUUUCUCGCCGUCUUCCCGACGCGCCUCCUCACUCUCUUCACCACUUGUCGUUCGCCUGCGAAAACUCUCACUUACUGGUACCGGCCGCACACCUCCAGGACCAGACUCCCCAUUUUAUUUAUACACGGUAUCGGUGUUGGCCUUUACAUGUAUAUACCAUUCUUGGCCGACCUUAAUGCCGAAGAUAGCAAGGACCCGUCGGAUGGGCAGGUAGGGAUCAUAGCUAUAGAGAUUAUGCCAAUAAGCUCCAGGAUAACAGCUGAGGCAAUGUUAAAGGAUGAGAUGUGCGAGGAGGUUCAUUGCAUUUUAAAGGCACAUGGAUGGGAAAAAUUUAUGCUAGUGUCACACUCCUACGGAAGCGUUGUUGCUACGCAUCUCCUUCACACGCAACAGAUCACAGGCAAGAUUGGGCCGAUUUUGUUUGUUGAUCCUGUGUCAUUCCUGCUACAUCUCCCUGAGGUAGCGUAUAAUUUUAUCUGUCGGAAGCCAACCCAGGCUAGUGAACACUUGCUCUCUUACUUCGGCUCUAAAGACAUGGGCGUCGCGCAUACGUUAUUCCGACGUUUCAUCUGGUCCGAUAAUGCCUUGUGGAAGGAAGACAUCCAGCACCAUCGUGUGGCUGUUGUGCUAGCCGGCAGAGACGUGAUCGUAGACACGAACGCAAUUGUGGCGUAUCUGACGGGCACACAUGACUGGUCUUUGGAGACUGAAAGCUGGGAAAAUGGAGUAUGGAAAGGGGACGGGCUGGAGGUGCUGUGGUUUCAAGAUUUAGAUCAUGGAGAGGUUUUUAGCCGGAGGAGGACGAGACAGAGGUUAGUGGAUAUUGUUAGGAGAUUCGUCGCGGAGGAAUAGUUGUCUGUAUUUAGUCUAAUAGUGGCAGCGACCUGAAAUCCUUUAUACUUGGUAGUUUCGAUUCUUGCAGGCCUAUACUGGCGAAGGCGGGACGAGGGAGGUUAUUAGUUAUAUGAAUGAAAACAGAAAAAGCCAUUACGGCGUUUUGGUAGUAAGCUAGGUUCAUAGAUCACAAGGAGGAUGCACUCUCCUUGCUAGGUUUCAC